CGGCCGGGGCGGGAGCGGCCCCGGAUGGAGGCCGCCGCCAUUUAGACAGCCCGCAGCGCCAGGCGCCGGGCCGGUGAGGUGUGUGUGCGUGCCGGGUGGUUGUUACCGCCGCCAUCCUCAUCAUGAGGCGCCUGUCGCAGCUGCUGUUGCUGGCUCUCCUCGUCUUCCCCGCCGCCCUGCUGCUCGGGGGUGCCCGCGGCGGCCCAGGUUCAGGUUUAUUAGUUGCAGCUCAAGAUGCUACAGAAGAUGAGGAAGCUGUGGAAGAUACUGUAGUUGAAGAUGAAGAUGAUGAAGCUGAAGUUGAAGAAGAUGAGCCAACAGACUUGACAGAAGAAAAAGAGGAAGAAGACUUGUCAGGAGAACCUAAAGCCUCACCUAGUGCUGAUACAACCAUUUUAUUUGUGAAAGGUGAAGACUUCCCAGCAAACAACAUCGUAAAAUUCCUGGUGGGCUUCACCAAUAAGGGUACAGAGGAUUUCAUUGUCGAGUCUCUCGAUGCUUCUUUCCGGUAUCCUCAAGACUACCAGUUUUAUAUCCAGAACUUCACAGCUCUCCCUCUGAAUACAGUAGUUCCACCACAGAGACAAGCCACAUUUGAGUACUCUUUCAUCCCUGCUGAGCCUAUGGGUGGUCGUCCUUUUGGACUAGUUAUCAAUCUCAACUACAGAGAUGUAAAUGGCAAUGUGUUUCAAGAUGCUGUCUUCAAUCAAACUGUUACAAUUAUUGAAAAAGAAGAUGGGCUGGAUGGAGAAACGAUCUUCAUGUACAUGUUCCUCGCUGGACUUGGUCUACUCAUCAUUGUUGGCCUACAUCAGUUACUAGAAUCUAGGAAGAGGAAAAGACCAGUACAGAAAGUAGAGAUGGGAACAUCAAAUCAGAAUGAUGUUGAUAUGAGCUGGAUUCCCCAAGAAACUUUAAAUCAAAUAAUGCAGAGUAGAAGAGGUGAGGCAAAUUCUGGUAAUCUAAAGAGUGGAAGUGCUUAGUGUGUUUUCCAUGUGAUAAUUAGGCAUGGAUAGAAGUACAGCUUCCUGCAUGCAGUGAUUGGUGAUGCAGCAUGAGCACACAAUCAAACACAUUUUAUAUACAUAUAAAUUUGUUUUCAUAUAUUAUAAAAAUCUGUAUGUAUUAUUUCUGGUUAUAUUGUAGUAAUGUAGUUUCAGUAGAAUAUUGCUGAACUACUGUUGUCUCCUCUAACAGUUCCCAGAACCCUUUAUCUAAAAUGCAGAUGUGUAUCUUGCCUUCUCUGCUAUCUUGCUGUAGUGUCAAUCUGAUGUUACAUGAGGGAGGUGGAGGACUGAUCAUGACCAAUGGCUGAGUGCAUCUUGUUUCAGUGAGAAACAAACCUCAGCCUUGGGUAUAACAGUUUAAUAGUCAGGUUUAUCUUCCUGGGUCUUCCUUAUCCCAGGUGAACUCCUAUCACCAGUAGCAUUGGCUGGUGUGAAGUGAGAUAGCCUCACUUAAAGUGCAUUCUGGACAAGUGCUUUGAAAACCCUUUGCAGGAACUACCUUUACUUGAAAAAGACUCCUGUUUUGAUGAAAUGAGCAUAUUCUGAGCUUUAUUCAGUAUAGAAGGACUAGAGGCCUUAGCUCUGAUAUGAAGUUGUGCUAGGAGCUGGACUCACUUUUUUGAUUCCUUCACCCUUUUUAAUUGUACCUAUAUUACAUAGGUAUAAGGACUGUUGUUUUACUUCUGAAAAUGUAAGCUUACUUGUACACUGUCUUCUGUGAGACACAAGAAUGAUAGUAUAAAAUCUAGACACAGGAAUUUGAAAAGCCUCAAUCUAGCAAGAAAGACUGAAGUUCUAAAUGCUGUUUUUUUCUGAAGAGCAAGCUGUCUUUAAAUGGGUUCAAAUCCUGGCAAUGUGUGGGUCCUGUCCCCCAUCCCUUUAAGAUAAAUAAGAAUUCAUAUCUUAAUACCUGAAGUCUAGGAAAAACUGAUGUUUAUGUUCUUAAUUGUGGUUUUCUUUAGCUCCAGGUUAGUUUUAAUUAGAAAUCUACACUAGAAUCCUUUGAAAUAUGUGGCCUUCAAGUUCCUCAGAGGUUCUUGACUAUUUUGUUGUUGAAGGACACUUCAUACUGUACUGAUUGGCUUGUGAAGGUGUGAUGGCUGCUCCUUGUGUUUGCACAUACUCCAAACAGUGAAAUUAUUGGAGAUGGUUCUGUUUAAGAAAACAGGCAUUUUUAAGUCAACAGAUGCACUUAGCAACCACUUUAGCACUUCGUACAAAGUAUUGUAGCUUCUCUACAAUAUUGCAAGGAUUGAAAUUCUACCUAUGUAAGGACCAUCCUUGUAAAGGACAAUUAUAGGCCUGUCAUGAAGUCUUAAACGUAGGAUGAUGCUUCUGGCAUGCAGUGAUCAUACAGCUAAAGCUGGGUGGCUUCCCCAUAUGGGAUAUCUGAUUACAAAGUGACAUCUUCAUAGUCAAAUGUGGAUGCUUCCUGGAAAAGUGUGUUAUUUCACAACCAAAACACUUGUCUUCUGCUGUUAAUCUGUAUGAGUGUGGAAAUAUGUCAUGCAAGGCAAAGCCGUCUAAAGAAGGGUCAAUCACAUACUCUUCAGGCAGGUAAACUCAAACUAGUAAUGAUCAAAAUAAUUCAUUAACUUUCUAAAAGUAUAAUUAUUGAACAUGAAACUUUUCUAAGUGGCAGAGCAUGCAGUUUUAUCAGGAGAUUGUGUGGGGUUUGGUUUUUUGGGGUGGUUUUUUGCAUUUUAGUAACUGGCAAAUUGAACAACCCUCACCCUGGAGUUGCAUAUUACAGAAUAGGAACAUUCUUUUUUGUUACCUUCUAUUUAGGAUGCUAAUAAUUAAAAAGUCAUAACAAGUUGUUUGAACUGGCUUCUCUGUGUUGAUGCAUUGCACUAGAAGGGCAGUUUGGCUUGUGUUUGGGAGGGAGAAAAAUACAUGGUCACAUAACAUCUAAUCUGAAGUAGCUGUAGCAAUUGAUGCAACUUUUCUUUUUUUUUUUAUCUAGAUAAAGCUUCACCAAGGAGGUUGCCCUACAAGAGGGCACAGAAGAGAUCAGUGGGCUCUGAUGAGUAAAUGUUAACUAGUACAACAGUUGAACCUUUA